CGUUUGGGGAAGAGGUUACUGUAAAGUGAAGAGCGCCAUGUGACAGCCUGAGCCACAGCAGCUGACGCGUUCAGACCAACGCCGGCUUUUCUCAGCGAUUCUUUCACCUUUCCCCUCAGAACACACCUGCGGCAGAGACAUUUUACCCCCCCGAGCUUCUGAGAAACAAGAACGCCUGAGAUGUUUUGGUUCACGCAAGGGCUCAGCUUCCUGCCUCUGUUCUUGGUCGUCUCGUCUUCCAGCACUUUCAUUGUUUGCUAUAUUAUUUCAGUGUUCAGACGAGACGUGGAUGUGCUUUUCCCAUACAUAAGUGACACAGGCGCAAACCCACCAGAAAGCUGCAUUUUCGGCCUGAUGACGGUCAUUUCUUCAUGUGCAGGCAUUGCCACCAUAUAUGCCAGAUAUAAGUUUGUGGAGAGGUUGAAUGAAGAACCAGUAAAAGUGAAACCGCAUCUCAAUACGGCAGCUCUGUGGCUUGGGAUGAUCUCCUGUUUGGGAAUGUGCAUUGUUGCAACUUUCCAGGAAACAGAAGUGACUUAUGUCCACGACGGUGGAGCUCUGAUGUUUUUCCUCUCUGGUGUCAUCUACAUUGUUCUCCAAACAAAAAUAUCAUAUGUUAUCCAUCCACCCGGGUCCUCUGCAAAUACGUUCCGAGCUCGGGUGGUUAUCACAAUCAUUGCUAUAUUUGCGUUUUUCCCCACUGUAAUCUGUGCCUUCUUUGUGAAACAAACCCAGUUGCAUAGACACAAGGAAGACAAGGACUAUCCUUUCCAUGUCGCCAGCGCAGUCUGUGAGUGGAUUGUUGCGUUCAGUUUCAUCUUCUUCUUCCUCACAUACCUUUGUGACUUUCAGCGUUUCACCAUACAAGUAAAAACCGAGUACGUGGAGCAAUACUGAACAUUUGCCUUCAAAGUUGGAUUCUUAAUAAGUCAGUCCCUUUGGCAGAACUGUCAUCACCAGCCUUUUGUACCGUCCUUUUGACAUAUUUUACUGCAAUAUUUUUUUAAUCUUUUUUAUAAUGAAGUGUGAAUAUGUAAGAAAAUCUGUAUUUUUAUACAUUUUUGACCAAUCUUUUCAUAAUUGCGAUCAAAUGUCACUUUUGCGCCAUUGUCAUCACAUGUGAUUGCUAAUAGGAGAAGUUCAUCACAUGAUGCACAUGACUGCAGUGAUCUAUGAGGGUAAAUGAAAGUAAAACGUUGGGCUCACAACUGUGGUCGUUUAUGUUUUCUCAAAAUGAAAAAGAAAAUCAUUUUUGACUAAAUUUGCUUUCUUUAAAGCUCAAUUCUUUAUUGUUUGCUGCUCCUGCUCUAAAAAGCACCACCUGACACCUCAUUCGCAGCUAUUGAUCGAUGUUUAUUGUGUUUAUUGCUGCUAAAUAUGGUUUAAGUGAAUUAAACUGUUUUCUCGCUACACCUUAAUUAAAUUGGUGAAGUAACCACAGAUUGAAGCCAAUUAGGAUUAAAAGGGAUGUGUUGUUUUUUACAAACAUUUGGCUUUUUUUAUCUUUCUAAUUCUUUCUAUCAAUAAGGCAUUAAAGCCAUUUGAUAUCAUUCUUCAUAAAAUUAAAUAUAUUUAUAAGGAACUAAGGCAGCUUUUUUUUGUUUAAAAACCAAAAUGCACAAAAAUCCAAAAAUGUAUAAUAAUCCAUCAUAAAAUGUCUCUUUUAUCUGUCGAAAAAAGGUGUAGCAGCUUAUUUAUUUAUUUAUUAAUACUAAAUAUCCUCAAAAAAAACGAAGAUGGAGGGCACCCCUUUGUUUGUAUAACCUUUUAAAAACUAAUCGCCUUGACUGUUCUGAUCAGUAAAUAUUAACGAAUCAUGUCCUGAAAAUUCGUUUUGCAGCUGUUGGACCACAACAAUACCUUGUCAGAAAGGUGCUGCACAGCUGAUAAAUGGUGAAAUAAAUCCGUCCUGCAGUUUUCUGACUUUCUCCUCAGCUACUUCCUCUUUUAUAAACCAGGUGCUACACUGCAAACACUCUUCAAAUAGAGGAAUAAUGAAUGUACUGUCAAUUGCCAUAAAGAGCAGAGUAAACUUGUAUUUUAACAGAAUUACAGUGUUUUAGUAUCAUUUUUGUUCACUCUUUCUGGUACAUCAUAUCAAGAACAAGGAAAAAAUUAAAUCGUUUUUUUUAAAAUGGAGUACUUGCUGGAUUAGAUGGCUUUAGAAGCUACAUUUAUGCAACACAAAGUGUUUUUUUUUUAUUUGUUUUUUGCACGGCUUACCUGUGGAGAUUUUUUAGCUGCUUAUCUUAUCACAGCUCUCCUUAGGUCUUGCCACAUUUUAUUCAAAAUACUUGCAAUGUUGUAUCGUUCGUUUAAACAAAAGGUCUGUAGCCGCCUCCAGAAUGACAGCUUUUCAAACUACUUUUUUGUUAUCGUUUCUGCUCAUUUUACUGCUAAAUCACCAAAUAUGUAUUGAAAAAAAAUGUAUUUUUUGUAAACUGCUUCUGUAUUUCAGUUUGUCUUAAGUUGAUUUUUUUAUCAUGAAUAAAGAAAUGUUUUUAUACUGGUACUUAAAAUAUGAUGUACUGCAAACUAAAUCCAAUUAAAAAAAAGAUUUUGAAAACAC